CUUUACCAAGACCCCAGUAGCUCUCCUGUAUCUGAAGACCUGCCGAGCGUCAACAUUGACCCGCUGUGUGAUUUUGGGACAGUGAAGAGAUCUUACACUCAUUUCAAGGAGCAAUUGGAAUGCUUCUGCGAUGGAGGAAUGAAGAGGAUAUCGAACACAGGUAGAAUUUCAGAGGUUCCCCACUGGGCACAGUCAAUUCAAUGUCUAUUCCACGUUGGUUCAACGUAAUUUCAUUAAAAUGACAUGGAAACAACGUUGAUUCAACCAGUGUGUGCCCAGAGGGUCAUGUCUUAUUCAUGAAAACAAGAGUCACACAGACUAAGACUGCAUAUGAGAUGUGAAUUAGGUUACUGUAUAUCUUUUGAAAACCCUUGAAUUGGGAGUCCAUGGGAGUGGGUAUUAAAAGCUUGUAAGAAAUGUAUCGGUGUCCAUUUCCACAGUAAAAGCCAUCCAUAUGCUUCAGUCACCAAAGCCCAGCCAAUGUAAGUGUGUUUAUAAUCUCAGCAUGCAGAAUUUUUCCAGAAGAAAAAACACAAAAUACAGUAGCCUAUGUGAGCUAAAAUGUUUGUGCAAUUAUUUUUGUUUCAGCACCAAAGACAGUUGGUCAAGCCAAUGGGAGCCCACCAGCCUUCAAGCCCGCCCUGGUAACAGGGGAACCUGCAGUAACUUGCGAUACUCCCCCUUCUCUCUGUACAAAGUCCUUUAUCUUGAAGGGCUCUUCCAUGAGCAAACCUCCAACUGGCAAAGCGAUCCUAUUCACCAAAAAGGGCCAUCAAAUGUCACUAAACCUGCUGCUAGCGGUGAGGCCCUCAUCACCAAACCCUUGUCCACCACUGACAACCUUUUCUUGACCAAAUCUGCAUCUGGAGCUGGUAUAGCGGUCCUUCACACCACACCUGCUACUACAAGUAGCAGCCUUUCCAAUUGGCCUGUCGGUGUUUGUGGUAAGCCAGCAGUUGACAUGGAUGAUUUUUGUAAGGCUGCAUUGAACAGGUUUCUCCUUUGGCAAACCUAAAUCUAACACAAGCUCACCCCUCUUUAGCAAGCCUGAAUCUAACACAGGUUUCUUAUUUGGCAAGCCUAAAUCUAACACAGGUUCACCCCUCUUUGGCAAGCCUGAAUUUAACACAGGUUUCUUAUUUGGCAAGCCUGAAUCUAACACAGGUUCACCCCUCUUUGGCAAGCCUGAAUUUAACACAGGUUCAUCCCUCUUUGGCAAGCCUGAAUCUAACACAGGUUCAUCCCUCUUUGGCUUGCCUGAAUCUAACACAGGUUUCUCCUUUAGCAAGAUUGCAUUUAAUACAGGUCUUUCUUUUGGCAAGCCUGAAUCUAACACAGGAUUCUCAUUUGGCAAGCCUGAAUCUAACACAGGUGCAUCCCUCUUUGGCAAGCCUGAAAUCUAAAACAGGUUCAUCCCUCUUUGGCAAGCCUGAAUCUAACACAGGUUCAUCCCUCUUUGGCGAACCUGAAUCUAACACAGGUUUCUCCUUUAGCAAGCUUGCAUUUAAUACAGGUAUUUCCUUUGGCAAGCCUGAAUCUAACACAGGAUUCUCAUUUGGCAAGCCUGAAUCUAACACAGGUUUAUCCCUCUUUGGCAAGCCUGAAUCUAAAACAGGAUUCUCCUUUGGCAAGCCUGCAGACCAGCCUGGUGUCGUGGAGAUUUAUAGUUUAGCAAACUAA